GCACGCCGUUCUCCGUCAUAAACGCACUAGCUGAGCUCGGCUAUCGAGUUAUUUGUAGUACCGGAGAAACCGAGAUACUUUGGACAUUGUCAUACAUUUCAAUGUACGCGUGCGGACCAAUCGAAGGGGCUUUUAUUUUGGAAAGAUCGAUUGUACCUUGCGAGAUUGGACGGCACGUGUGCGAAGUACAAGUAUGCGCAGAGCUUUGGGCAGUCGGCAGACGUUCCAUCUUUCCCUUAAGAAACUUACACGUUAAUCUUUGUUGUACGAAAUCGCACGAAGGAUUCUCACGUUAUCGGGCGUGACAUUUUGCGCAUCUCAGCGACGUCGAGUCUUCUCUUCUACGACUUCGAAAGUGACACGGUAAAAUUGUAUAAUCACGACAAGACUGUUGGAGGGAGGGGCAUCAUUCCGAAGAUUGAGCCACGUAAACUUCUGCAAAAUAAUCGCGUUGCGGAUGGCAAUUUAGCGGACGCGGAAAUUUCGGCAGAGACCAAAGGAACGUGCGUUGAUUGCAUUGUGUCCGUUGUGUGCAACACGGAAGUAUUAAUUAUACAAUGAUUUUGUGAUAUCUUUACCUCGUUGCGUGGAAAAUGGGAUUUUUUUUACGCGUUACCGAAGGCCUACGACGUGAGCCUCGUAGGAUCCGGAUUGGACUGAAUUGGCGCGACGUUGUUAUUGCGCCAAAUUGCUCCAGACUGGCUUCAAGCUGUGUCUAUUUAUAUUUGUGGAGAUCGAAAUUCUAUUAUAUACCUGCAAAAUACAAUUUAUACAUAUUACAUCUUUAUAUAGUAUAGUUAUAGUUUAAUAGCCUAUGUAACAUCUUUUCCCACCAUGUGCUUUAAUAGACGAUUUAUCGUACAAUUAUGUGUUGUUGUUAUACGCUAGAUACUAUAUUCCUCCGGAUCGAGCACGGUCCAGAGAGUUGAAGGGCGUAAAGCCGCGCGGAGUUUGACAUGAUAUUUGCGGCGUUGUUUGCUCGUGCUACAUGCUUGUCAAUCUUGCGGGAUUAUUAAUGUCGGUCUAAAGAUCUUAUUGCAAAUUGUAAAUGUCAAUCUGAAUAAUUACUAUAAUCUCGAGCGUUUCCUGUUGAAUCCAUUAUGGGAUCGAGUGAAAUGAUAAAAGAAGCAAUCGUUAUCUCGUAGUGACAAUUAUAUGUUAGUUACAUUACGUAAGUAAGAAAAUCAAAAGUCUGGUCGGUGGCGGGAACGAAAGAGUAACCUUGCGUUUAUAAUUUAACAGUCUGAAUAGUUGAUAACGAUUCACUCGCUGCGUUAAUUCGACGCGACGAAUUUUAUAUAUUUAUGUAGCUAAUAAUCUCUUUCACACGCAAGUCUAUACUUUGUAUUACGACAGUUAUACGCGAGCGCAUACUCGGCGUAUAAUUGAACGUUGUACAAUGAUCGUGUAUGUUGCAAUGUACAAGAAAUAAAUACUGCAUGAGGAGUGAAUUUGUACGCGUCGGAAAAUGUGCCCUCUUUGAGCUCUCGAAGCGAUCUUCUUUUCCUUCCCACGUGACCCGAGCUGGGUACCUAUCGUGGAAUUGUUCGGAAUUGUUCAUUCCUAGAUCUCUAUUGCGUUUACCAGGGGAAACGGAAUGAAUCCGAUCGGAAUCGAUUCUGAAUAUUUCCAUGCCAGGUACUUUGGUAAUCAAACUCAACGCUUUUUGACACUCAUUUGCAGGUGUAAUAGACAAUGGACCACUCUCACGAUCCCAAAACGUGUUGCGAAUUGGACGUCCCACGGUACGAUGUCUGCCAGACUGUAGACGAAAUCGGUUUCAUCAACGGAAUUUGGACGGCAGCGCUCGAGGGCGACGUGGACCGCGUCAAUAGGCUACUGCAGAAGGGCGUCCACGUCGAUGCGACGGACUCCGCCGGCUACACGGCGCUGCAUUACGCAACGCGGGGCGGCCACGUCCGCGUGUGCGAGGUCCUGCUGGAGUGCGGCGCCAAGGUGGACGCGCGCACCCGCAGCAUGCGAGCGACGCCCUUGCACCGCGCGGCCAGCGCCGGCCACGUCCGAGUCAUCGAGCUGCUGCUGCGCCACGGCGCGGCGCCCAACCUGAUGGACGCGGACGGCAGGACGGCCCUGCACCGGGCGAUCCCGCCCGGCAGCGACGAGGGCGCCGAGAUCGUCGAGCGGCUGCUGCCGAUCACCGAUCGCACCAUCAAGGACAACCACGGCCGCACCGUCGACGACGAGUUCGAGCGUUGGAAGGCGACGGAGGGCGGCGAUGUCGAAAAGAUCCUGAUACGUCGUAUUUUGCGGCACACUGAAAAAGUUGAGACGGUCUCAACUUUUCCCCCCACUACGUCGAGAAGUCACUAGACAUCAUUUGCCGCUGGUUUCUAGGGAGAUUGGACGGACGCCCCCUCGUCAAGGUACAAUCUUUUCUUACAAGUGUUAAGGACGGAAAACUCAAGUGAACCUCUGUGAUUCGUGCGUCGGGAGACCUUUGGGGGAGACCCGUCGAUGCUCAACGAGUAGAGUCGAGAAUCUGUACGAUUCGGAGCAGUCACUACGAAUGUUUUCAUGUAAUGAGAAUUGUAUGACGUGAUUAAUAAGAUAGCCAUUUCAAAGAAA